AUGGAGGUGGCGGCCAUGGCGUGGGUGGAGGGCAGCCCGUACUCGGCGUCCACGCGGGUCUCCAGCUUGACCACCGGCGGGGAGGGGGGGCGGGGCAGCUUCAGCACGUCCUUCAUCACCUGGCCCACGUACAUCACCACCUACGGGAGACAGACGCCCGGUGCGAGCCACUCGGAUGACGGCUCGGACGUGGAAUCGGAGCCCGAUCUGCCCCUGAAGAGGAAGCAGCGGCGCAGUCGGACCACCUUCACCGCCGAGCAGCUGGAGGAGCUGGAGAGGGCUUUCGAGAGAACGCACUACCCCGACAUCUACACCAGGGAGGAGCUGGCCCAGAGAGCCAAGCUGACCGAGGCCAGGGUGCAGCGAAUAGAGCAUGGUCUCCUCUUCCAGGUGUGGUUCAGCAACAGGAGAGCACGGUGGAGGAAGCAGGCGGGAGCCAAUCAGCUGAUGGCAUUCAAUCACCUCAUCCCUGGAGGGUUCCCACCCUCAGCCAUGUCCAGCAUCCCACCCUACCAGCUCCCGGACAGCCCUUACCCCCCCUCAUCUAUAGCCCAAGAGCCCCCCAGCACGCUGCACCGGCCCCAGCCGCUGCCCCCCUCGUCGGCCCACCAGGCCUCCGGGGGGGGCGGUCAGGGAGAGGCCGGCUCUGGCUACUGCCUGGCCUCCGGACGGCACUCCUUCUCGGGCUACUCCGACGGCUUCGGGGGAUCGACCAAUCCCAUGAACCCCGCCAUUGGAAACGGGCUCUCUCCACAGGUGAUGGGCCUGCUGAACCCCGGAGGGGUGCCGCAUCAGCCUCAGAGUGACUACGCCAUCUCCCCGCUGACGGGGGGGCUGGAGCCCCCCGCGGGCAUGGCGGCCAGCUGCAGCCAGCGCAUGGACCACAUCAAAGGCCUGGAGGGCCUGGGCAGUGUCCCCUCCAUGUCGGCCCUGCCCUCCCUGCCCAGCUCUCAGUCCUACUGCCCGCCGUCCUACAGCUCAUCGGGCUACACCGUCGACCAUGUUGCGUCCUACCAGUAUGGCCAAUAUGGACAGAGUAAGGAAAGGGGCCGAGAGAGUCAGGGAAGAGUCACAGAGAUAUAA